AUUCCGAUUAACUGCGUUUAACACGAAGGCAGUAUUCCGUAAUUGAUAUUAGCUCAUCGGCGUGCACUUUCGUUAUAAGUUUAUAUUUUGUCAUUUUUGUUGCACUUCCGUGAAAUAGCUGUGUGUAAAAUUAUUUUGGUGACUCCCCAAUUUACACAUGACAAUGUCUACACGAAACGGCAUUCAACAUAUGGAUACAAUUGAUGUGGAAGACUUACCGUACAUAGAACGUGAUUUAAACUUUGCACAGAAGGUAUCGUUGGCGUUUCUGCUUUAUGGCGACCAGCAUUCCAAUGCAGAAUAUGUUUUACAAAAGCUACUGACACUAGCCCGUGCUAAUAGCAUCAGUGGUCCACAGCAUCACCAAAAUAGCGACUUAUUGCGUCAAUAUGCUCACACUAACCAGAAGAAUUGGCGUGCCCAUCUCAUUGAAGCGCUUACGAUCAUUAAUGCACGCCGAGUACUGCGCAAACUGGGAUUCCAAUGGCAAGAGCUGCGCCUCCAUUACUUGCCCCAUAUACAUGAGGUGACGCUGCACGUUCAUCCGCUGCUGAAAGCGCUCUACAUCGUCUGCGAACAGCUGACUUUGGCUCAAAGUAGCCGCCUGGUGUUGAGCAUAAGCGACAUGCAGACAAGAAUAAAUGCACAGCAACAGGGUCCAGAGAGCGCAAGUGCUAACGAUCGAUUGCUCAUCUACGACUUUGCUUACUUAGAAAUCUUUCUGCUUCAUUGGCUGACACGACGUAUCAUCAAGCUAGGAGACAUCAAUGCCGAGGGAAGCGACAUGCAAAUACUCAUUGAGUAUUUUAAAUUUAACAACUUGGAAUCUCUGUCCAGUUUGCUCAUCCAGACCAUCAAUAGUAAUGCCACUUCCGCCGCCAAUGAAGUUCCAACCCAGACUUUACCGUCACAAGUCCCAGCAAAAUGUGAAGAGGAUGCAGCAACGCCAACAUCGCCAACACCCACAGUAAUGGAUACAGCAAGCAGGCAUUUAUCAGUACGCCGUCGGGAAAAAGGUUUUAACAUCAGCCGGAAGAAUGCCGGCAUCGUGCUCAUCAUCAAUCAGCAAUCUUUUCACACCAAUGUCGCCGAAGGCUUGCAGAAUCUGCUACCUACAAAAAAUUUGGAACCACGCCUGGGCACCGAUAAGGACAAGGAGCGCUUAAAAAAGGUAUUCUCUGCCUUGGGCUAUAUGGUGGAGGCGCACGAUAAUCUCAAUCAUCUGCAGAUGCUCCAACACAUUCGUGAUGCGUGUGCGCGUUCUUGUCAUCGCGACUCGCUCAUAGUUUGCAUUUUAUCGCAUGGGUUUGAAGGCGCCGUCUAUGGACACGACAGCAUAGCCCUAAAGAUAAGCGAGAUCGAGAAUGUGCUCUGCUCAAACGAAAAUUUAAGCGAGAAACCGAAAGUGCUGAUCAUACAGGCAUGCCAACAGAAUGAUAUGGACAAUAAAACGCUCACUAUAAAUGCCACAAUAAAGUGUCCGAAGAAUCGAAAGAAUCUUCUGAAGGCCAUGUCUACGGUUCAAGGGUUUGUUGCUUUGCGUCACACCUCAGAAGGAAGUUGGUUCAUCCAGUCGCUGUGCGAUGCCAUCGAGCAGUACGCUGAGAGCGAGCAUAUGCUGGACAUACUGACUCAUGUCAUUUGCCAUGUGAGCAAGAAACGCGGCAACAAAAAUCAAGUGAUGAUGCCCCAAAUAGAGUCUACGUUAUCACAAUAUUUCUACUUGCCCAACGUUAACUGAAACUGAUUUGAGAGUUUAACUGGAGAAGUGAUCGGUUUUGGAGUGUAAAAAAUUCCAUUUUAGUUUAAUAAAAAUAUUUAUUAAUUCAACAUUCGACAUUGUUGAUAUGCGCUAAACA